AUGGGAGGUUCACGGACUUUUUUCCACAGGAGCUUCCUCCAAUAAGCAGCCACCAAAAAGCCCGGAAGGCCGGUUCUGUAGGCGGAGUUGCAUCUGCCCACCAAUCAGGAGCUGAAAACUCAAAAAGCGUCUCCGCCUCCCAGUUGCUACUCCAUUUUAAAAGCAGCGAGGCUCAGAACUGCUCCAUAUUUUCUCUGAGUUUAGAGAAAAUUUAAAGGAUGGCAAGAACCAAGCAGACCGCCAGGAAAUCCACCGGAGGCAAAGCCCCCAGGAAGCAGCUGGCCACCAAGGCCGCCCGCAAGAGUGCUCCGGCCACCGGCGGCGUCAAGAAACCCCACCGCUACAGGCCCGGUACCGUGGCUCUCCGGGAGAUCCGCCGCUACCAGAAAUCCACCGAACUGCUGAUCCGCAAGCUGCCCUUCCAGCGGCUGGUCCGGGAGAUCGCCCAGGACUUUAAGACCGACCUGCGUUUCCAGAGCUCGGCGGUCAUGGCUCUGCAGGAGGCCAGCGAGGCCUACCUGGUGGGGCUCUUUGAGGACACCAACUUGUGCGCCAUCCACGCCAAGAGGGUCACCAUCAUGCCCAAAGACAUCCAGCUGGCCCGCCGCAUCCGCGGAGAGAGGGCGUAGAGGCCGCAGCAGCUCAUGCAAACACAACGGCUUUUUUAAGAGCCAAAACACACACACCUACUGAGCAAAGACCUCUUAUUCAUUUCUUUCAUUAGCUGUGCUCGCCUAAAACCUAUUGUGGGUGAUUCUUGUCGAUGUAUUAGCAUUUUAGAGGCUGCAACAUAUUCAGAAAAUAUAUUUGCUAAGCUAAAAUAUGGUCUUUUCAGACUCCUCAAUCUGAAAUUAUGUUCCUGGGGUUCAGUUCUGCCCUCAGUAUGGUACUUUUUUCCUCAGAUUCUUCCUACACAUUUAAACACUACAGACUGGAACAUCAAAUCAAACCUAUAUUUUAGGAUGUUCCCAAUCUGUUCUUAUUCUGUAACCUCAUAGUUUAGCUUAACUUGGCAAAUAUGAAUGUUAAGUAUAUUAAUAAAAACUUAAUUUAGUUUUGCUAAUAAAUUGGCCAGCAAAGAAUCAGCUGACCAAUAUCUUCCUUGAAUUUAAUGAAUGCCCAAAGUUGUAUAACUUCAAACCCAAUAAGGUCCAGACAGACACUGAUGAAGCCAUUUUAAAAUCAGUUUAUUAUGUAAUCAGGUUCAACAUGUUAUUUCCCUGGAACAAAGAACAUCAGAAUAAUAUCUCUAGCCAUAAAUCAAGCUGUGGUUGAAAAGCUCCCAAACAUGAAAGACCAUACUACACCUCUAAAA